AUGGCGAUUGCAUUGGCAGAGGCUGAUAAGUAUGAGGUGUUGGAACGAAUCGGAAGUGGCUCCUUUGGAAUCAUUCGCAAAGUCAAGCGAAAGUCCGAUGGAUUCAUACUAUGUCGCAAGGAGAUCAAUUACAUCAAGAUGUCCCAGAAGGAGCGGGAACAGCUCACUGCUGAGUUUAACAUCCUGAGCUCGCUUCGCCAUCCGAACAUCGUUGCAUACUACCAUCGCGAACACCUCAAAGCCACCCAAGACCUGUACCUGUACAUGGAGUACUGCGGUGGAGGAGACCUUGGACAAGUCAUCAAAAAUCUGAAAGCCACAAACAAGUACGCGGAAGAGGAAUUUGUCUGGCGGAUUCUCUCUCAGCUGGUUACUGCGUUGUACCGUUGUCACUAUGGAGUAGAUCCCCCGGAGGUAGGUUCGAACGUGCUGGGGCCGGGUCCCGCAAAACCACCGGGUCUGAAGGGAAAACAAGCUCAAUACAUGAUCCUCCACCGUGAUCUCAAGCCUGAGAAUAUCUUCCUGGGCUCCGACAACUCUGUAAAGCUGGGGGACUUUGGUCUGUCGAAGCUGAUGCAGUCUCAUGAUUUCGCCUCGACCUACGUCGGAACUCCUUUCUACAUGUCGCCAGAAAUCUGCGCUGCGGAAAAGUAUACCCUCCAUUCGGACAUCUGGGCCGUCGGUUGCAUUAUGUACGAGCUGUGUCAGAAGCAGCCUCCAUUCAACGCAAAGACACACAUCCAGCUGGUCCAGAAGAUCCGGGAGGGAAAGUUUGCUCCUCUGCCUGACUUCUAUUCUCCGGAAUUGAAGAAUGUCAUUGCGAGCUGUCUGCGUGUGAACCCAGACCACCGUCCUGACACCGCUGCACUGCUUAAUCUUCCAAUAAUACGUCUAAUGCGAAAAGAGAAGGAAGUUGUCAGUCUUGGAAGCACUCUGAAGAAGCGGGAGGAGGUUGCAGUCCAGAAAAUUAAAGAGAUAGAGCAAAAGUAUGCGAAAUUCGAGAAAGAGAAGGCCCAGUUUAAAAGUGAGAUAGAGAGCACUGUCCGCCGAGAAUGGGAAGUGAAGGCGAGACUGGAGAUCGACCGUCAAGUCCAGAUUGAGCUCGAGAAACUUCGAAAGAGAUUCGAGUUCGAGGUCCAGGAAAAAGUUACUGCUGAGUUGGAAAAGCAGAUGAAAGCGGGAAAUUCUCGCGAGGAAGCUGCACUUCGCAGAAGUCGACGAGCAUCAUCGCGCUCCUCUGCCAGCGUAUCAGAGGAUACCGACUUGCCCUCCAGCACAGAGAUCAGCCAGCUGUCGCUAGAGUCACCCACUAACGGGAACAAGGCUGUCAAGAAAGAGACACGGACUCCUUUCUGUCGCUCGAAGACCACUGUUGAGUCUCCUGUAGAUGUCCAGAUGGCCGAGCCCUCUCCGAUCUCCAUUGCCUCCUUGUCUCUAUCACCGCGCCGCACCGCUGCAGCGGCCGGAACUGCCAGAAACAUUUUUGCAGAAGCUGAGCGACAGAAGGCCAAGUGGGAGCCCACACUGGCAUACUCUGAUGAUGAAGACGAUAUUCCUGACUUGCCUUCUCCUACUCGGCCCAAGGUCAAGACAGACCCAUUCAAGGCCCCUUCCCGGCCACUACUCCGACAGAACACUGCUGCCAUGAUGCAGAAGUUGAACACACAGCCUGCUCUCUUCCCUACGACAAGCACCAGACUUGGCCACAAUGCCUCCGCUGCUGGCCCUUCGCAACAUGGACAUGAGGCUGGGGAAAGAAAGGCGAGGUCUCCUCAUCGACGACUGUCGAAGAUCCCAUCGUCAACCAACUUGGCCGCGGAUGCCCACUCCCCUACUCGCAGGGGCACUACGAAGGGACUGACCUCGAAGACGAACGGAGCCGGUGGUGAAGAGAUGUUCAAGGCUGUCAUGCAGCGGAACAUGGGCGGCAGAACAUUGGUGGAACUGGCACAGGCAAGAGCUGGUGGUCGCCCCAUGGAAGAAGUCAAGCGCUGUUCCAGUGACUCCCACGUUAUUCGAGGCUCUUCGGCCCCUGCGACUGUUAAGAUCGUUGAACAAGAUCCUCCUGCCACUUGGGAUCCAGAGAGGGACGAGAUGCCGAGCCCAUUUUUGGCCCGAGGCAACAAGGUCAUUCGCAACCUGCGGUAA